AUUUCUCUCAGUGCUUCCUGCACAGCUCGUGGCUCUCCCCACUGUCCCAUUUGUCCCCGUCUUUCUCUUCCCAUGACAUUUCUGGGGUUGGCUGCACAUGUCCUGCUCCCUUGGUGUGUGACAAUGCACAAGGCUGGCCUGGGGAUGUGUCACUGGCUCUGGUAUUCCCCUUUAUAGCUGGAAAAAUGGACUGGAGGUCACCUGGCUGCCCACUUUGGUGACAAGAAGGGGACAGUGCAGGGUGGCCCCAUCUACACCAGGCUGUGACACCAGCAUGUCAGCCUGACCCCAGUGAUGGAUCCUGGGGGUGUGUGGCCCUGGCAGGGCUGGGCAGGCAGGAUGCCCAGUGCCCUGGAGUGCUGCAGCGCAGGGCCACAUGUCACCGGGCUGGGAACCCGCUGCCACCUUCCCGUCCCACACACGGGGCACAAACAGCUCCAUCUUCCCGCUGUGGUUCUCCUGGCUGCCUGCAGCUGCCUCUUGCCGCUUCCUCCUCCCCAGGGCCGUGUGCGGUCGUGUGACGCAGCUGGAAAUUUCCCCCCCUCGGUGGCGUGCCUCAGGUGCUCGCAGUGGUGACAACUGGCGGUCACCCCAUGCCUCAGUCUGGCUGCCACACGGCAGGGAUGUGGGCAGGACGCCGGCGUGACGUGGUGGAGACAAAGGGGGGUGUCGGCAAGGCAAGGGACGGGUGACAGCCCCGCCGUGUCACCAGCCCUGUGCCAUUUGUGCAGACCCGUCUGGCACAGCAGCCACUCCGCAGAGAUGUCCUGGAGGGUGCUGUCACCUGCCUCUGCUGCUGCCUGUGUCACCCUCCUGCUCAGCUGUGCCUGGCUUGGCUCUGCCGCCCAACCCUCCUCAGUGCCCAACAAGAAAGGGCGAGCCCUGCUCCCCCUUACUCCCCAGGAGAAGAACGUGUGCUCCCAGGCCUCUGAGGAAGAUUUUCUCAACAGCACCCUCAGCACUCGCCUCCUGCCUGCCCUCUACUCCGUGGUCCUGCUGGUGGGGCUGCCAGCCAACGCUCUGGCUUGCUGGGUCCUGGCCACCAACUUCAGGAGAUGCUCCAGCACUGUCUUCCUGCUCAACCUGGCCGGGGCCGACCUGCUCUUUGUCCUUCUGCUGCCCUUCAAGAUCUCCUACCACCUCCUGGGCAACCACUGGCCCUUUGGGGACUACCUGUGCCGCGCCAUGGUGGCCUUCUUCUACGGGAACAUGUACAGCUCCAUCUUCUUCCUCACCUGCAUCGGCCUGGAGCGCUACAUCUCCGUGGCACACCCCUUCCUGUGGAAGGGCUCCAGCUGGACGAGAGGCAAAGUGGGCAUCUCAGUGGGCAUCUGGCUGCUGGUGGGGCUGGGCAUGAGCCCUCUGCUUUUGCGCUCCCACACACACGAGAUCUCCAGCCUGAACAUCACGACGUGCCACGAUGUGCUAGAAAAGGAAACCCAAAGGUUCUUUGGCUACUAUUUCCUGCUCCUGGUGGGGCUGGGCUUUGGCCUGCCCUUCGUGCUCAUGAUCAUCUCCUACAGCUGCAUCCUGGCGCGGCUGCUGGCCAAGGCAGGGAGCCACGGGCAGGUGGUGCGCGUCCUGGCCCUGGUCCUCCUGGUCUUCAUCCUCUGCUUCACGCCCAGCAACGUGAUGCUCUUCAUCCACUACCUGCUGGAGCCCACGGGCUGCAACAACGGCACCUACGUCUCCUACGCCCUGGCCCUGGUGCUCAGCGCCUGCAACAACUGCUUUGAUCCCUUCAUCUACUUCUACGUCUCCCGGGAUUUUCGGGGCUGGGUCCGGGAUGCAGGAGGCCGCUGCCUGCGGGGGCUCGAGGCCUCGUCGGGGAGGUCCACGGAGAAGACAGCCCUGCCCCUGAAGUCCAGUGAGCAGAGCCAGGGCUGCCAGGCUGUGUCCCCCUGCCCUGGGGACGGGGGAGCCUGAAGCGUGCCCACCGUGAAGGGCUGGCAAUAGACUUGGGCAAAAAAUCCCACCUGGAUCCGAGGUUCACAAGGAUUUUGCCUCAGUUUUGCCCCCCUGAUGACACCAGCACUGCCCAAUCCCAUGGGACCCUCAGCUGGGGGCCUGGCAGCC